AUGGAGCUGGGUCUGGUGCAGAGGCUGUUAUUAAUAGAGAUAUUAAUCUCUGAAAUAUGGACCCAAGAGAGACCAGGACCUGUGAGUUCGAAAUGCUUGGGGAACAUUUUGUGUAUAACACUGAGUGCAGAAUACUUUGAAGAAAAAUACUUCUCUUUUUCUGUUGUUGAUCCAUCUGGCAAAGCCUGGGAGCUAAAUGAGACCCUGGCAUCACAGUGUGGCUACACAGUAACUUACAGCAACUGGAGUCAGGUUGAGUUCCGUGCUUCUGCACUGAGCUGCCACUCUCACCCAGAGAAAGAUGUGUUCACAGUAACAGUCCAAAUCAAAACAUCUCAUACUCCUGAUAUGAAAAAUGCUACAACUCAUCUGAAAAGUGCAAGUUGCCCUUAUGGUCCAUGGAGUCCAAGAGAGCUGGUUUGUGAAAGUAACUACAUGGAGGUUUCUGUCAGAAGGGAGAUUCCACAGAUUGUAGAAGACUUCAUUCCAGAUGAACCUGAGGAUUGGACUCUUGGGUUUCCAGAGGCAAAAGCAGGAGAAGCCUCAAUAUGGCAAAUAGUGUUUCAUCAGCCAGAAGAAAGAAAGGCUCAGCUUGUGAGCGACGCUUGGCGCGCAGGUUACGGGCUCAGCACCACGGACACCAGGGUCCUGCUCCGAGUCCCGUACACGGCUGAGCAAACCCAGCUGGUCCAGGAUCAGGGAGUUACCUUUUCUGCAGUGAGAUCAAGUACCUUUUACAAGCAGCGGUGGGUGAUCCUGGUGGUGGACACAGCGGUGGCGUGUCCUGUAGAUGGUGUGGACUACAUCAACGGAACGAUCGUCUGGACUGUCCCCAAAUACAUGCAGUUGCUGUCUGCUGGAGCCAGUAGCUUUAAGGAUGUGUGUGUUGAAGCUGGUGUGGAUCUGCACAAACUCUCUGCCAAAGAAAUGUCUUCCAGGAAUUAUGUAUUAUCCACUGACCUCCAUGCAAUUACAAUGAAGAUACCUAUAGGUGCAGAGGGGGGCUCUUACAAGAGUUCUGUGAGCAAUGGACAGUAUGGAGUGAAAUACACUAUCAACCUGUUCUUGGAGCAUCAGUGGGAAGAUAACAAAUGGGGACUAACCAAGUAUACUAUCAUCAAGGAAAUAGAAACACCAUUUGAACAAGUAGAACUUGCUAUAACUGACAACUCAAAUCUGAGUGCCAGGCUAAUGAAUGUGACAGUGGGAACAUUCCUCCCAGAUGUGGAGCUUGUGAACUUAACCAUUGAGGGGACGACUGUUGCUGUGCCUGCAGCUGUUCAGCAUGGAUAUCUCACGUAUGAGAUCACAAAGGCUCACGGAGGCAAAGCCUAUGGAAUACAAGUCCCCCUUGAUGCACCAAGCAUUAAGAAAGAGUACCUGAGAGCAGCCACCAGAGUCUACACCCUGAAUGUCACACUUGCAUUCGUAACCCGUCCAACGAGGGAGACCUUCGCUGUCCCGGUCGUAAUAGUGUCAGCAGUUAAAGAUGCAGUUCUGCCGAGUGCAAGAGGGUUUUGUGAUGGGAAGAACCUGCAUCUCAUUAUCACACAUGGGAAUGUGGACAAAAAGUGGCUACCCUACAUCUCAGGCUGGCACCUGACCCCAGAGACUGUGCAGAAAUACAACUACUGCAUGAGGGACAAUGGCACCCACUUGGCAAUCUCUGUCCCUUUCCUUUCUUCCCACGUGAAUUAUGAGGAUUUUCAUACCUCUGGAAUAAAAGCUUCACUCCAUGUAACCUUGAAGGAUGCUGUCACCUUGGCUAACAGGAGGGACUUCUCAGUUUCCUGCAGAUUUUCACCUUCAGACCUAAUACAGUGCCUGCCCAAUGGUACUGUGGUUAUUACUGCAGUGAAGUUGGCAGGGGAUGCGGACCUGGACACCAGCCUGUUUGUCUUGAGGGACAGACGGUGCAAACCCAGUCUGGUGACAGAGAAGACUGCAACCUUCAAGUUCAAUGUGAACACCUGUGGAACCAGCAGAAAGUUCAAUAGCACAACUAUGGCAUAUGAAAACGAUGUACUCUAUUUCGGGCCUGGCAAUGACACACCAGUAUACCAACUGAAAUUUGUGUGCUGGUACGCAAUCAAGCAGGCUGUUGAUGUUCAAUAUGAAUCUAAGAAGAACCCACCACCCAGUAUUAAACCAGGGUUUGGCUCUCUUGUUCUUUCAUUGAAGCUCUUCAAAGAUAAAUCCUAUUCAGAGCCCUACCAGGAAUCAGAAUAUCCUGUGGUAAAAUACCUGAGGGAGUCACUGUAUUUUGAAGUUGAACUGCUCCAGCCUAAAGAUGCAAGACUGGAACUAAACCUGGAUGACUGUUGGGCUACAAACUCCCAAAGCCAGGAUAGCCUUCCACAGUGGCCCAUCCUUAUAAAUGGGUGUGAAAACAGCAAGGACUCCUACAGAACUGUCUUCCAUGAAGUUAAUUAUAGCCUCGGAGAAAAAUUUCCUCAACACCUAAAGAGAUUUGAAGUGAGGAUGUUCACAUUUUUAGAAGGCACAACUCUGUUACAAGAGCAGCUUUAUUUCCACUGCAGUGUGGUGAUCUGCAGCACUGUGCAACAGCCUUCAGGCUUUCUUUGUCCAAGGAGAUGCAGUCCUGGGAAACACAGACUUGACCACAGUGCAGAACCACAUCCACCCGAGCAAACAUCAUCUGGAGCAGUGCUCCUUAGGAAGGAAAACAACUAGC